CCCGCCCGCCGGGGCCUUUUCCGGCUGGCACGCCCCGGACGUGACCUCGCGGGUGCGCGUUGGAGCCGCCCGCGGGGAGGUGCCUGCGCCCCCAGCACAGAACCCUGGAACCUGGGGGUGAAUCAGAGAGGAACCCAGGCUUGGGGCUUCUCAGAAGAAGAAACCGGUGCUCAGAGUGUUCUCAGCCUCUGGACGCCUCGGAGAAACAGGGGCUUCUGGGGAGGCGGAGAGCAGGCCUGCUGUAAGCUUUCCAGUUUUUGCCAGCUGAGAUGGAGGAGGCCAGGGCACAAGGACCUGAAGAUGGCUUCUAGGAGCUGAGAGCCAACCCCAGCCAGUAGCCAGCAAGCCAGUGAGACCUCAUUCUACAGCCAAAGGGAACUGAAUCCUGCCAACGUCCAGUGAAGUUGGAAGAGGACCAGAACUCCAGAUGAAAUCAAAGCCACAACUGACACCUCAAUUUCAGCUGGUGAGACCCUGAACAGGGAACCCAGCCAUGCCAUGCCUGGCUUUCUGACCUCCUGAACUGUGAGAUGAUAAACAGUCUUGCCAACAUUCCACUGACCCCUGAGACUCAGCGGGACCAGGAGCGGCGGAUUCGGAGGGAGAUUGCCAACAGCAACGAGCGGAGGCGCAUGCAGAGCAUAAAUGCAGGCUUCCAGUCCCUCAAGACCCUCAUCCCCCACACAGAUGGAGAGAAGCUCAGCAAGGCAGCCAUUCUCCAGCAGACGGCGGAGUACAUCUUCUCCUUGGAGCAGGAGAAGACCAGGCUUCUGCAGCAGAACACACAGCUCAAGCGCUUCAUCCAGGAGCUGAGCGGCUCGUCCCCCAAGCGGCGGCGGGCAGAGGACAAGGACGAGGGCAUCGGCUCACCAGACAUCUGGGAGGAUGAAAAGGCGGAAGAUCUACGGCGGGAGAUGAUUGAGCUGCGGCAGCAGCUGGACAAGGAGCGCUCGGUGCGCAUGAUGCUGGAGGAGCAGGUUCGCUCGUUGGAGGCCCACAUGUACCCUGAGAAGCUCAAGGUGAUUGCACAGCAGGUGCAGCUGCAGCAGCAGCAAGAGCAGGUGCGACUGCUGCACCAGGAGAAGCUGGAGCGGGAGCAGCACCUGCGGACCCAGCUCCUGCCCCCUCCGGCCCCCACCCACCACCCCACGGUGAUCGUGCCGGCACCGCCACCCCCUCCCUCCCACCACAUCAACGUCGUCACCAUGGGCCCCUCCUCGGUCAUCAACUCUGUUUCCACGUCCCGGCAAAAUCUGGACACCAUCGUGCAGGCGAUCCAGCACAUCGAGGGCACCCAGGAAAGGCAGGAGCAGGAGGAGGAGCAGCGGCGAGCUGUAAUUGUGAAGCCAGUCCGGAGCUGCCCGGAGGCCCAGGCCUCUGACACUGCCUCCGAUUCGGAGGCCUCGGACAGCGACACCAUGGACCAGAGCCGGGAGGAGCCGGCUGGGACUGGGGGGCUUCCCUGACCACCCCCCAGCCCUCCUCUCCCUUCUUGGGGUUAGAGGGGGCCGGGGCAGCAACAGGAAUACACGCGGGCCAGCGAGUGAGGAAUUUUUACAAAAUUACAAUGUCAUUUGGGUCUCUUUUAUGACCUCUUUUUCAAUACUGUAAGUCAACCUCUGAGUGAAGGCCACCCAACCUGAGGUCGGGGGCUGGGUGGUGGGUGUUGUGGGAGCACCGGGACACCUGGGGCUGGGCCUCACCCGGGGGGUUGGGGAAGCUGACACUUGAGGUGCCUGGCCUCUCGCUGCCAAAAAGCAUUUUUUUUUUUUUUCAUUAAACAUGUUUUUAAGAACAGGGAAAAUCAAAACCCCAGCGCAUUUCUGCCCUCCCCAGAGCCAGCUCUGUGACCGUUAGUUUCUAACUCCCCCUUCCCUCCUCUUUUUGGUUUUCUUCUUUCUCUAAGCACUUAAUGGGUUGGGGGUCUGGCUGGGUCAGGACUCUCUGGGGGUCUGGGGUGGAAGUUGCUUCUCCGUUGGGGUUUGCUGCUGCCCUUUUGCCCUGCCCUUCCAUCCCUGCCCCACCUCAGCACUAGGAUUUGCCACUCUCCACCGCCAGCUGGCCUCCACCUCUCCCUCCAGGUUUCCCAUUUUCAACCCCCAGAAAUGUCUUUGUCUCUCUGUUCUGUUUGUUGGGUUUUUCUUUUUUCCCCCCUUUGUUUGUUUUUUGUUUUUCUUUAUUUUUUUGUUUUUUUUUUAUAACAAUUUCGAGGUCUUUGUGUUCAAGGAGAGCUAUUAUAUUUUGUUAAGAAAGUGUGUGUGGGGGGAACCAAGAGGCCACCAUGCCUUUAUAAAGAAAAAAUAAAGUUUGUACUUUGUUUUUUA